AUGGCUUGUGAUGCUUCUGUUCCUCCUCCUCCUGUUUCGACCGAUCCCCUGGACUCCUCUCAACAGCGAUUCGCUGAACUUUCGCUUAGAGUAGACCAAACAAAGCCGCUCACUAAUUCUCAAUCUAGAGUUGUUGUUUUAGUUCCACAUAAGAAGGAGCUCGCUCAACUAGCUUUUGACAAGCCAUCUACAGCUUUAGCGUCAUCCGCCACGCUUACUUCGAUGUUCGAGUUCGCUUUCAUUCCAACUCGGUUCCGCACGACGCCUGGCUCUGCCCAACAGAGAAUUCUUACUAUUCUCACAAUUGUUUUUGGCUCCUACCUAACUCCACCACCAAGUUGUAGUCGCUGUCUCUGCAAGUGUUUUGCUCCAAUACAAAUCGCUGCUCUAAUCCCGCCUCGCUUUGCAAGAUCAUUCUAUCUGCGGAGCAAUGUAAGCUCAUGCCCCAUCAUGAGAAAUGCGCUCACGGUGAAAUGUUCCAGCAUCCUAAUUUGGCGAUCAACUAACAAGCUGAAAUUCGCGUUCCUCUUCUCUCUACGGUUGCUGUUCAACGCAUAA